ACCCCACCAAUUAAAAUCCUUUGCUUUAUUUCCCACACAUAAAAUAAUAAAAGCCCUCUUGCAUUAUUCCCCAACACAAGAAUAGAUUCUCUCUUUAGCUUAACUCCAAUUCUUGAUUUUGUAGAAUAGCAAAAAAAAAAAAAAAAAAAAAAAAAAAAAAAAAAAAAAAAAAACAUUUUUUCGCAGCGGCAACAACAACAACAACAAAUCAACGAUACAUUUUCGAUGACUAAUCAACGCGAAAAUUCAUUGUUUUUGAUACUACCCAAGAGUAGUACUCCUAACCCUAACGAUGACAAGAUCGAGUCACAACGCCCGAGUUUAGGGAAGAAAAACAAGAUGAAGAGUGAAGAAAACCACGAGUCAAAAUCCACUUCUGACGAAGGGGAUAAAUUCAACGAUGCAAGAGCUACGCAGGACAAACUAUCAGUAGUCGAGGAACAUGCAAGUGGAUAUAACAAAGGCGAAUCGUACGUGGAAGAUAAUGGACGUGAGAGAUUGAAAAGACAUCGGGUUGAAGUAGCUGGUCAUGUAUGGAUUCCAGAUAUAUGGGGUCAAGAAGAAUUACUCAAAGAUUGGAUUGAUUGUAGUGCUUUUGAUGCUUCAUUAAUGAAUAGUAAUAUAGUGUCAGCUCGUACUGCUUUGGUUGAAGAAAGAAGAAUACCCAAUUCUAGCUGCAGAUUAAGAAUAGAGAACAGCUGUUGAAUCCAAAGUACUUCAAAUUUCUCAUUUUCAUAAAGAUGAGUUUCUUUUUGGUUUUAUUUUGCUUUAUUAUUUCAUCUUAAUAAUUGUGUAUUUCUACAUGUUAAUGCCUAAAAGGAGUACAUCAUUCAGGACAUUAAUGAUUCGGACACUAGUAUAGAGAGGCAGAUCCAGAAUUUAAACUU